AUGCACCAACACCUGGCUAUGGAACAACACCCGGCAACCUCCUUCGGUAAUUGGGAGGGAGGUCGAACAUAUGACGAGGAUCCACCAACUUGUAUCCACUACUUGAUCGAGUGGAAGGUCACUCUUAAUAACAGGACAGUGGCGAAAGAUACAGAACAAGACCUGGUUCUAGCCCCUCGACUUCACUGGAGGUUGUUUUUGCAACCGAAGCUAAAGGAGCUACUCGUACGAAAGUAUCCACAUCGAAAACCUGAAUCGGAUAACACUUCUGUUGUCGUAUCCGCCACUCGGCAGAAAGGCCUUACUCUGAGGUUUGAUGGAACCGAUAUUAAUUAG